GCAGCAGCCGCAGCAGCCAUGACGCUGGAGUCCAUGAUGGCCUGUUGCCUCAGCGACGAGGUGAAAGAGUCGAAGCGCAUCAACGCCGAGAUCGAGAAGCAGCUGCGGAGGGACAAGCGCGACGCCCGCCGGGAGCUCAAGCUGCUCCUGCUCGGCACAGGAGAGAGUGGGAAAAGUACCUUCAUUAAACAGAUGCGGAUAAUCCAUGGCUCGGGCUACUCCGAAGAGGAUAAAAAGGGUUUCACCAAACUGGUGUACCAGAAUAUCUUCACUGCCAUGCAGUCAAUGAUCAGGGCUAUGGAGACCUUAAAGAUCCUAUACAAAUAUGAGCAAAAUAAGGCCAAUGCACUACUGAUCCGAGAAGUGGAUGUAGAAAAGGUUUCAUCCUUUGAACAACCCUAUGUAAGUGCAAUUAAGACAUUGUGGAAUGACCCAGGAAUCCAAGAAUGUUAUGACCGGCGGCGAGAAUACCAACUCUCUGACUCCGCUAAAUACUACCUUACCGAUGUGGAUCGUAUUGCCACCCCAGGGUACCUCCCAACCCAACAAGACGUCCUGCGGGUCAGAGUCCCAACAACUGGGAUCAUAGAAUACCCCUUUGAUCUCGAGAACAUUAUAUUCAGAAUGGUGGAUGUCGGUGGGCAAAGGUCAGAAAGGAGGAAGUGGAUACACUGCUUUGAAAAUGUAACUUCCAUCAUGUUCUUAGUAGCUCUUAGUGAAUACGACCAAGUACUGGUGGAGUCUGAUAAUGAG